AUGUGCCUUUUUGUGUUUCAGAUGAUGCGUCAUGCGUGGGACAAUUAUGUACGUUAUGCAUGGGGUAAGAAUGAAUUACGACCGAUAAGUAAACGAGGACAUAGUGGAAGUAUAUUUGGAUCAGGUUCUCUUGGAGCAACUAUUGUUGAUGGUUUGGAUACACUUUACAUAAUGGGUAUGCAUGAAGAAUUCAAACAGGGGCGGGACUGGAUUGCUGAAAGCUUAGACAUAAACUCUUUGAGUAUAGAUCUGUCUGUUUUUGAAACCAAUAUCCGCUUCGUUGGAGGUCUCCUGGCAUGUUUUGCUCUCACUGGAGAUGUUAUGUUCAGAGACAAGGCAGCUCAGAUUGCUGAGAAACUUCUUCCUGCUUUCCAAACUCAGACUGGGAUUCCCAAUGCUCUUGUCAAUUUAAAAACUGGUGCAAGUAAAAAUUAUGGCUGGGCCAGUGGUGGAUGUAGUAUAUUAUCUGAAUUUGGCACUCUUCACUUAGAAUUUUCAUACUUGUCAGAUGUAACUGGCAAUCCUGUCUUUCGUGCCAAAGUAGAUCAUAUUCGCAGAGUGAUACAGGCAAUGGAUAAACCUCGAGGUUUAUAUCCUAAUUACUUCAAUCCCAAAACUGGAAAAUGGGGCCAACAUCACAUGUCUAUUGGUGGACUUGGAGACAGCUUCUAUGAAUACCUUCUGAAAGCAUGGAUUCAGUCUGGACGAGAAGAUCAGGAAGCACGUCAAAUGUUUGAUGAUGCUAUGCAUCAUGUUAUACAGCAUAUGUUGAAAGUCUCUCCUGGAGGACUCACAUAUAUCUCGGAUAUGAAAUUUGACCGUCUGGAAAACAAAAUGGAUCACUUAGGAUGUUUUUCUGGUGGGUUGUUUGGACUUGCUGCACAAACUCUGAAGAAUGAUAUGUCUUCACGUUAUAUGGAAAUUGCUGAUGGCAUCACCAAUACAUGCCAUGAAUCGUAUGACAGAACUGCAGCAAAAUUAGGCCCAGAAGCAUUUCGAUUUACUGACUCGAGUGAGGCAAGAGCUCUAAAAAGCAGUGAAAAAUACUACAUAUUGCGUCCAGAAGUUAUUGAAUCUUACUUCAUAAUGUGGCGUUUAACUAAGGAUCAAAAAUAUAGAGAAUGGGGUUGGGAAGCAGUUCAGGCUCUUGAGAAGCACUGUCGAGUGGCUGGAGGCUAUACAGGCCUUAAAAAUGUUUAUCUUGAAGAGCCAAUGAAGGAUGAUGUGCAACAAAGCUUUUUCCUUGCAGAAACUCUAAAGUACCUGUAUUUGCUGUAUAGUGAUGAUAGCCUCAUAUCAUUAGAUGAGUGGGUUUAUAAUACUGAGGCACAUCCUCUACCCAUAAAAGGAGUGAACCCAUAUUAUCGUGAACAAGUUGGAAUGCUCCUUAAUUUUGACCUUAAUUGUGUAAAUAUGAAGGAGAAAAUAUUUCCCUUGGAUAGCAUCGAAUUGGACCUUGCUCAAAUGCAAGUUGUGUGCAAGAACUGUGUUAUUGCCCUGACCAUGUCCCUCUGUGUAGAAAACCAAUCAGGUUAAGGAAAAAAAAGAAGAAAAAAACCUUUUGGACAUUUUUAAUUAACUCUCUUUGAAGUGUCUCUACAUUCUGUUUGUUAUGAAAUUUUUUAAAGGCUAAAUGUGUAGGACAAGUAAUAUAUAACUACUUUGAAUUAUAUUGAAAUUGUCUGUUUGUUUUGUCAGUACCAUAUAACUUCAUGAAAAGACACUUUUGCUUUCUACUAAUUGAAAUCUACUAAUUAAUUGAUUUAUGCAUUAAUUUUUGGUAUUAAUGGUAAAUAAUUGCAAACCAAUGUUAGUCAUUUUGUUUUACAUUGUAAUAGGGAGUUAUGAAAAAAACUGUGCCCAGUAGCAUGCCCGAGCUUGAAAAAGAACUCAAAAACAUACAGAGAUAUUUAAACCAGUGGUGAAAUAUUUUAUUAAAAGGAAUUGUUGGAUCACUGUAGUUAUUAAGGGAGCACGAGUAACGUUAACUUCUACCAUCACAGGUUUGUGUGUGUGAGCGGUUGUAUGUCAGUGUUAUUUUGUAAUACAUAUGUAUUACAUGUCAGAUUUCAUUGUAUUCGUAUGAAAGUACUUUGUUGUAUUGUAAGGAAGAAAAUGUUUCCAUAUUGUAUGUAAUGUAAAAAGAUUUUCUCAUUUUACAAACUGAUGAAAAGUAUUGAGUGUGUGAUGUUCUGUAAAAUUAAUUUGGUUUUCUGUCUUCCCUUUCACAUUUGUCUUUCCUUAUUUUUUUCUUCUCUCCCUCUGUCUCUCUGGCUCCUGGUCGCUGUCUUCAUUUUCUUUCUAUAAGAAAUAUUGAAUACAGUAUGACUUCUGCAAGAUAAAUUUCUAGAACUUAUAUUACAAGUAUGAUUACGGUUUCUCAUUUUUUCUUAAGAAAACCAAAGGCAUUUCAGCAAAAAUGAAACUGCUGAAGAAAGUCUGCAAAUUAUAUUUAUUAAACAUAUGUUGUAGCUCUUACAAAUAUAUUUUUGGAUUAAAUUAUGUAGGAGAACAUGCCAAAGUUACAGUUGAUAUUUCAUUUUGCAAUUAUUUCUUGUUAUUCAAGUUGUACUCAUUUUAUAAAUCAAGGAUUGCAUUUCAGUAAACAAUGUCACUCUACAUAUAUAAAUGUGCUCUUCAUGCAUUGUAUGAUAUUAUAGGUGUUUUGAAGUGUUAUGUUUGAUAACCUGUGUUGUGACAUAAUGUAAAUAUAUUUGUUUGUUUAUGUUAAAUUGCUUUCCAACAUAUGAAAUUAUUUUACAAUGAAUAACAUUCUUAACACAUUCAGGUCAAUGCUUAAAACAGAUCCAAACAUCACUUUUCCCUGAGAGAGACACUGCUCAGCAUAGUUCUGAAUAAGUUUCUUGGAGUGUUUCAUGUGAUAUCUGCAUAGGAGUCAUUUCUUUCGUGUACAGUUCACAUAUAAUCCACUGGAUACAGCAUUGAACCUACACUUUUAAUUGUUAGGAAAGAAAAACUGAAGAGCUGUUUGGUGAAGGUAGCAUAUUGUUGCCAUCAUUUCCUGAGGAAGCAGAAUCUGCCUGAUUAUCUGAUUAUUUCUAGGCAUACCAUAUGAACUCCAACAAUGAAGAGUAAAUUGACAUCUUAUUAUUGUAAUUAAAACCAAACUGAAAGGAAUUUUUGAGCUUUUCUUAGCAAAAAACUGUUACAACUGCCAAAGCAAAACCGCAAAUUUGUGAAACUGUCGUAUUUUUUUAUAAAUAAGCCACCUUCAUAAAAGUUAAAAAUAAAUUUAAAGCUAAUAUUUGGAUCUUGAAAAACCUACUCAAAUUUUCCAUGCUCUUUGCAGUAUUUAAUAAUUAUAACAUGAAAAUGACAUGACAUACGGGACUUGAAAAGACCCUGCAAGAUAUGACCUGAAUGUGUUCACUUCGUUGCUUUUGGAGUUUGUGAUAUGUGAAGGAUAUGUUCUGCUAUUAGCAUUUCCUUUUCUUUGGAAAUACUCUCAUCACUUCAAUUUUAAUGAUCUAUAGAUUUUUAUCUUCUCUUAGUACUUAAACAUUAAGGGAAUAAUGCCUUCCAUUUAUGUAGCAAGUGUGGUAAUUUGGUAUUGUAAUAUGUAUUGGAGGAACAUCUGAUGCAGAUAUCUUCAAAAAAGUAGUUUCUCUGAAAUCAAUUCAUGGUGCCAAUUUAUGCAGUUAUGGUAUUAAAAGACAUAAGUAGUAUAUUUCAUAUUGCACUUUUAAAAUAAUGCUAACGAAGUUAAUUUCUUUAUUUCAGUACAUUAAUUUUGAUAAUGUUAAAGUGAAUUAUAACAGUGAUCACAUACAUAAAGGUUAAGAAUAUUGUCUAUGGCAACUUAUAUCCGUGUAUUAAUUCUCUGAUAAAUUGCUAACAUAAUUUUCUGGAAUAUUAGAAGUUAAGUAAUUUAAAAUUUGUCUGGAUAUUUAGUUAUCUUAACAGAUAGAAAAUGUCCAAAGAAGAGCAGUAUAUUGGACGUUUGUUUUUAUUUGAAAUAUAGAUUGAAUUUCUUGCAUCAGAUGAUAGUUUAAGAAUAUAAUGUUGCUUAAUAUUUGUUAGAUGAUUGAUUACAAUUGUAAUCAAAAAUGCAUAUAACAAAUUAUGGAAAAUGUUUAAUUUAACCAUUAAUUUAUGGAAAAAGAAGAGGAAAAAAAACGGUUUGUAAAAAUUACAAAUUUGUAAAAGUAUUGCAUUUUUGGUAUUUGUGCCAUAAGAACGAAUAUCUUUUAAACUUAGUGGACUUCAUUUUAUUACUAUGAAUCAAAUGAAAAAACUAAAUAUUCAAGACAUUAUUUCAAUAUUAAACUAAUGUUUUAAUAUAAAUUUCUUAGAAUGUUCUCAUACCAGGUUAUUAGUGCAAAUGAUUGUACCCUGUAGUUUUGAAGUGUUGUGCUUCACCCUUUUGUAAAUGUGUGUUUGACAAGUGAAAGUGUGUUUUCCUGCAGCUUUAAUUCUAUAAAACUUCUGAUAGUGCAUGAACUGUUUGUUACUGGUGGAUGUUUGUGUGAUUGUUCUGAUACAUUAUCGGAUACUUGUUUGUUUGUUUGUUUGUUUUUUAUUUUUUUAUUUUAAUAGGGAUCUUUCAAGUCCAGUAUCUCUUGAACAGGGUUUCAGUAUGAAAACAUUAUUAGGGAGUUAUUGCUUACUCAUCCAUGUCAAAAAAUUGAUUCAGGUUGCUUAAUGAAGUCACUUGGUAACAGAACAUACAUGAAGAAUUUAUUGCAACAUUCUUAAAAAGCCUUCUGGCAGUUCAUUCGAUUGAAGUGAAGUUCUACAUUUUGUACAUUUUCUCAACUCGUGCAACUUAUCAGAGUUCAGUAAUAGCAUUAAUUUAUAUUAAUAAUAUAAUUUUGGGCUGCAUUCUUCAAUUACUUGAUGUGAAGAGGAUAAGACUGUAAGUUAAUAAAAUUGCAAUCAUUUUUUGGCAGGGUGUCUUUGCAGUGUAAUAAGUUUUGUUGAAUGCAGCAUUCUAAUUACAACUUCCAGAAAUUAAUUUUUGUGAAGAGGUCAAUAAAAAAUGGCCUAGGGGUCUAUAGGUUUAACUUGGUGAAUCUGGUAGGGGGUUUCUUGCAUGUAGUGAUAAGAUAUGUAACUUGUACAAAAUACAUUUUAUAUAUGAUACUAUGCUAGUUAAGAAAAUGUGACUGCUUUAUACAUAAGACAUUGGAAUGAUGGCAAAUUUGCUUUAUGCAUUUCGUUUACUUUGUGAGAUUUGCAAGGCAUGCAAUUUCUACAAUAUGUUUUAUCUUAAGGUCACAUUUGUGCAGUCAUGUGAUCUACUCUCUGUGAUUGUAAAUUAUUAUUAUUAUUAUAGUUUGUUGAGACCAUCAAUUUGUACAGAAGUUGUACCUAUUGCUGCCAUUGCACAAUAUAUAAGUAAUAUAUGAUGUGAUUGUGAGGUUCUUUUAAAAACAAUGUGAGGUUUGGAUUUAUUUCUUUGUGUGUAUUCUGCACAGAACACUUAACAACUUCUGUUUACCUUUUAUUAUC